AACCAUCAAUUUAAAAUGAUCGAGUCUACAGAAAAGAAUAAAAAGUUAUUAGAAGAUAAUCAAGAUAUUUUAAGCAAUCUUGAGGAAUGGAUAUCAACUCAACCGCAUGUUUCAAAAACUCUUCCUAGAACGAUACUCUAUCGUUAUUACAAAGUUUGUGACUGUGACCUUGAGGAAGCUAAGAAGCUAAUUGACAUAAAUGUAAACUUUAGAAUCAAACAUCAAUAUUUCCUUGCCAAUCGUGAUGUCAACUCUGUAGAGCUUCAACGUGCUAUAAACAAUGUCCAAUAUUCUGCUUUUCCGAAGCUUACAAAGGAAGGAUAUGCCAUCGAGUCAUACCGGAUUAUCAACACAAAUUCAAAUGAUUUCGUUCUUAAAGACAUUUUUAAAUUUGUUGUCAUGGUCAAUGAUGUACAUGCUCUGUUGGAACCUAACACAAAUGGUCUUGUCUCAAUUUAUGAUGCCAAUGGAUUCACUUUUUCACAUUUAAUGAAAUUUGUAUCAAACAUGCAAAGUCUAGUUCACUUCUCACAAUAUGGGCAGGAAGCAAGUUGUGUUGAUAUUAAACAAAUUCACUUUGUCAAUUGCUCACAAAUGCUGACUAGGGUCAUAUCUUUCCUCAAACCAAUCAUAAGUAAAGAAUUGUCAAAUAAAUUUCAUUUUCAUACUUCAGGGUUUGAGACUUUGCAUGAACUAAUCGACAGAGAAUGUUUACCAACAGAUUUUGGUGGAUGUGGAGGAACUUUGGAAGAAUAUGCAGAAAAUACGCUUAGUAAUGUUCUUAAAUAUCAUGACUUUUUGAAAAAAGAUGAGAAUUUUUUUCUGAUAAAUGAAUAAAAUUAAAAAUUUUAAGCAAAUAA